AUGCGGAUUGCAUCUUGGCGACCGCAGCUGCAUGGCUCAAAUUCGGUUCGUUUCCUCCCACCCUGGUGGGUUUUCGCAGAAGGCCUGCCGAGCUUAUCUCGACCAAUGAAGAGGCGGAAGAAAGUGCAGCUUGUAGCCUUGUGUGGCAUCCUGAUCUCAGCGUAUGCGUUCUAUGUGGAGAACAAGAUGGACGACCCGUUUUACCAGCCAUCCUGCAGUAGUUCAUGGACGGGUGGCAACUGCGUUACAGUGUUCAAAAGUCCGUACGGCCACAUUCUCAGUCACUGGGGCCUCGUGGAGAAGGGCUCCGUCUUCGACUUGUCCCUUGCAGUUUCAGGACUCCUGCUCUAUUCGUGCUACUUCCUGGCCAUCUCGGUAAAAGUCCCGUUUCCCUUGAGAGAGGAGGCAUUCCUGGCAGUAGCAACUGCAGGUGGCUUUUUCUCCAUCUACCUUCUCUACGUGAUCAAGGUCAUUUUGCAGGAGUUCUGCAUCGUGUGCUUCAGCUUCCACUGCUGCAACUUCGGGAUGCUGGCCCUGGCGAUUCUGGAGUAUAGAGCGCCCGAAGUCGGCAAAACUGCCGUCAAGAAGGAGUAG